GAGGUGGAGAAAAUGUUCACACUCAAAGGAAGCCUCUUGCCAGCAGCCGAUGUUAAGAAUAUCAAUUUUUUCGUCAGACCCCGGCUAGAACUGAUGGAUAUAAUGGCUGAAAAUGUGCUUAGUGAAGACAGAUGUGGCCCCACAAGAGAUUUUCACAUCUUGUUUGUGCCUCGGCGUCGCCUGCUGUGUGAGCAGCGGCUGAAGGACUGGGGCAUCCCAGGCUCCUUCAUCCACAGGGAGGAGUACAGCCUGGACCUCAUUCCCUUCGACGGGGACCUUCUCUCCAUGGAGUCGGAGGGUGCCUUCCGAGAGUGCUACCUGGACAGCGACCAGACGAGCCUGUACCACGCAGCCAAGGGCCUGAUGACGCUGCAGGCCCUGUACGGGACCAUCCCCCAGAUCUUCGGCAAGGGCGAGUGCGCCAGGCAAGUGGCCAAUAUGAUGAUCAGGAUGAAGAGAGAGUUUACAGGAAGCCAGAAUUCCAUAUUUCCUGUUUUUGAUAACCUCUUGUUGCUUGAUCGAAAUGUGGAUUUAUUAACGCCCCUUGCGACUCAGCUGACAUACGAGGGACUCAUCGAUGAAAUUUAUGGCAUUCAGAACAGUCAUGUAAAGCUGCCGCCCGAGAAAUUCGCCCCAAAGAGGCAGGGUGACGGGCAGGACCUGCCCACAGAGGCCAAGAAGCUGCCGCUGAACUCAGCCGAGGAGCUCCACGCUGAGAUCCGAGACUGCAACUUCAACGCCGUGGGCGCCGUGCUCAGCAAGAAGGCCAAGGUCAUCUCGGCCGCCUUUGAGGAAAGGCACAAUGCCAAGACGGUGGGCGAGAUCAAGCAGUUCGUCUCCCAGCUACCCCACAUGCAGGCGGCCCAGGGCUCCCUGGCCAAUCACACCUCCAUCGCCGAGCUCAUCCAGGACGUGACGACGUCUGAAGACUUCUUUGAUCAGUUAACCGUGGAGCAGGAGUUUUUGUCCGGAAUAGACACCGAUAAGGUCAACAGUUACAUGGAGGACUGCAUCGCCCAGAAGCAUCCACUCAUCAAGGUGCUCAGGCUCAUUUGCCUGCAGUCGGUGUGCAACAGUGGGGUCAAGCAGAAGGUUCUGGAUUAUUACAAAAAAGAGAUCUUGCAGACAUACGGCUACGAGCACAUCCUGACGUUACAGAACCUGGAGAAGGCCGGGCUGCUGCGGCCCCAGCAGGGGGGCAGGAACAGCUACCCCACCAUCUGGAAGACCCUGCGCCUCUGGAUGGACGAUGUGAAUGAGCAGAACCCCACGGACAUCGGCUAUGCCCCCCUCAGCAUGCGGCUGGCCCAGCUGCUCUCCCGGCCUGGUUGGCGCAGAAUCGAGGAAGUUCUGCGCAUUCUCCCGGGCCCCCACUUCGAGGCGCAGCCGCUGCCCACGGGCCUGCAGAAGGAACGUAGGUUUGGAAAAGUGGGCAUGGCUGGAGCUCUGGCAGGCUGA